ACCCUUCGACUCUCUUUUUCUUUUACCGCCAAUCUCCGUCUUUCUUGUUUUCUAUUCUUAUUUCGUCCUCAUCUUUAUCAUGACUUUCCCCUUCCCGACAGAAGUUCUCCAAAAGCAAAGAAAAAAUAAUCACUAGAUAUUUCCUUUUCUCCCCGUCAAAAACCCCAUAAUUCUUUCACAAAAUACGCCUUCUUUUCUUCUUCCUUCCCAAAUUCUCCUUCAGUUUCUUUCUCCCAGGAAUCAAAAAUUCGGCAUUUGGGCCUCCGGUAAUUGGAGACAAGGCCAUGGCCACGUCUCAAGGUGAGACCGCGUUGCCCGAGCCCUUGUCUCCGUCGCGGUCGUCGUCCUCCGGGUCGAGAUUCUCCAACCUCCGGGGAGUCCGAUGGCGGAUCGAUCUUGGGAUUUUGCCGAAUUCUCCUGCUUCGGUAGAUGAUCUCCGACGCGUUGCUGCAGAUUCCAGGAGGAAAUAUGUUCAAUUGAAGCGUCGUCUUUUAGUCAAUUCUCAUCCCUCUAAGGAUGAGAAUAGAUCAUCUGGUGUUGUCAUGGAUGAUCCGCUAUCGCAGAGUCCAGACAGCAAAUGGGGUCGCUUUUUCCGGAAUGCUGAACUAGAGAAAAUGCUAGAUCAGGAUUUGUCACGGCUGUAUCCCGAACUUGGGAGCUACUUCCAGAAAGCAGCAUGCCAGUCGAUGUUGAGACAAAUAUUGCUUCUGUGGUGUCUCAAGCACCCAGAGUAUGGAUACAGAAAAGGAAUGCAUGAACUAUUGGCUCCUCUGCUUUAUGUACUUCAUGUUGAUUUGCAGCACCUUUCCCAAGUUCAAGAGCUCUAUGUAGACCAUUUUAAUGAUGAAUUUGAUGGGACCUCAUUUUCCGAAAGUGACAUGGUUUCUGAUUGCAGUUUUAAAAAGACCGCAAACAUGAACAGAGGGACUGACAGUGAGAAGCAUUUUUAUGGAGGUGCUGCCAAAGUAAGUUGCCUAGAUAAGCUUGAUCCUGAUACAAGGGAGUUAUUUUUGAUGAAUGAUGCUUAUGGAGCAGAGGGUGAGUUGGGUGUUAUCUUAUCUGAGAAAUUUAUGGAACAUGAUGCCUACUGCAUGUUCGAUGCUGUAAUGAGUGGUUCCCAUGGUGUUGUUGCCAUGGCGGACUUUUUCUCUACCUCUCCUGCUAUGGGAUCUGGUACAGAAUUACCUCCUGUAGUCGAAGCGUCAACUACAUUUUACCAUUUGCUGCAUAUUGUGGAUUCAUCUCUUCAUAAUCAUCUUGUUGAGCUUGGGGUAGAACCUCAGUAUUUUGCACUCCGAUGGCUUCGUGUUUUAUUUGGACGUGAAUUUUCACUCAAAGAUCUUCUACUAAUUUGGGAUGAGAUAUUCUCUUCUCCUAAUCAUGUAUCACCUUCAGAUAUAGCAAAUGAUGCAGACUUUAACUUAAGUCUACUUUGCUCUCCUCGUGGAGCCUUUAUUUCAGCAAUGGCUGUCUCCAUGCUUCUUCAUCUAAGAUCUUCACUGCUAGCUACUGAGCAUGCAACCACAUGUCUCCAGAGGUUGUUAAAUUUUCCUAAAGAUAUGAGUGUGAAGAAGCUGAUAGAGAAGGCCAAGUCUUUGCAAACUCUUGCUUUUGAAACAAAUCUCUCAUCAUGUUCACCCUGGGGAGGAACGGUCAGGAAUAAGCGAGCAGUAAGAAGAGCACAUAGUCUUUCAUUUGAUUCAGCUUCUCCUAGAGCUUCACCGAGCUCAUUACCGGAAAGUUACUGGGAAGAGAAAUGGAGAGUGUUGCAUAGAGCAGAAGAAACUCACAAAACAAAUGGUGUGUCAAUUUUAAGUAAGAUUAGAAAUGGUUCGUUAAAAGAAAAAUUUGGUUUAUUUCGAGUCGAAUUGGAUGCCUCUAUGAUGGAGACUGCGAGUGAGAAAAAGGAUGUUCAGUCUUCCAUUAGGCAUAAGAUUUUAGAUAAUGCAUGCCAAGAAGGAGACCCUAGGGUGAAUCUUGGUGAGAUUGGAUGCAAUGAAAAUCCUGAUAUCUCAGGCACCAAAGAAUCUUUCUACAUGGAUGCAGAAGUUGGGAGAGAUAGCCCUGGGGAGCAGGCUGAUCAAAAUUUCAUGGGAGGGAGUUCAGGUGUGGCUGAAGAGGCAUGUUUGAGUGCUAAGCAGUUGUCAGUCUUAUGCACGGCCGCUGGUCCUCGUAGAAUGGCCAGUGAGCAUGACUCAGAGAAAAGCAGCGUCACUUCAAAUUCUUUUGUUUCUGAUAAUGACUGCAAAACUGGCCACAAGGAGGAGUUAUGCAGUUCCAAUUGCCGCAAGAAAUUACUUCAAGACUCUGAAGCUACUUCUGUUACUGAUGUCAAACUUGGACAAAGAACUAGUAGCACACAGAAACAUGCAGCAGUUUUAAAAGAGCAGAGACCUCUAUCUGGUAAAUUUCAAUGGCUUUGGAAGUUUGGUAGAGUCUCUGGUGAAAGGAACUUGGAUGAUGGAAAAUGUGUAGAGCAACAAAAAUUCUCUGAUGUUGGAGGAACCUGCAAGGACAUAUCAGAGCCUCUGACUUGUGAUGGGUGCUGUAACUCCUGUGGAGUCAGCAGAAAAUUAGAAGCGGAACACAAGGAGGUGCCGGGCACUCUGAGGUCUCUUGGGCAAUCCAUGCUUGAAAAUAUCCAGGUCAUUGAAUCAGUCUUCCAGCAAGAACAGCGCCAGGUCGGCGUUGCGGAUAACUCAUCAAGCACCAUUCUCGAAGCUCAAGGACAAGUCAAAAUAGCCACUGCUCUCGAGGAGCUUCGGAAAAUAAGCGGCUUACUACUGGAGAUGUGAGGUCUGUUGUAUGUAUUAAGACAACUUUAACCGCCAUUGCGCCAUGCUCGAUAAAUAAUUGAAGUUUGUGGAUUUCCUUUUUGCCAUGCCUUACAUUAUGUAAAUAUUUUCCCCAUUCCUUGGGGUAGCUAUUCAAAUCUUCUUUGAGAUUCAUCAA